UCCUAUGGCCUGAGAAACUAAUAAUACCACCGUGUCUCUGCUGCUAUUUUCGGCCCUGAGGGCCUGCAGGGUUGGGCAUGUGCGUGAGCAUAUUUGGAGGGGGAUGACAGGGCUGAGAAGACUUCUACUCCCUCUCUCUCUACCCCUCUCAUGGCAUUGCUAUGAUGGGCUAAAUCGGAACAUGGCAGGAGGGGUGGGCACUGGGGUGUCCCACAGUCGCUCGCACGCACAUGUUCCAGAGGAAGAGUAGGACCUCGUUUGUUUUCACACGUCAAGGAUUGUGCUAGAAUCACAUAUUCAUCAUUGGGAUUUCAUUUCAUUCAUUUGAUUUUGGCUGGAUUACUUUUUCACAGUAUGGCUCCCAGAUGACCCAGUGUGGAUAUUCAACAUAGCUCAUCGCUGUUCCUGUGGGUGUAGAAACAUGUUUUGGCAAUCAGGUGUCUGAGUGUAAGGGUGGACAAGAAGAGCAACAGAUUGUCAAGAUCAAACAAGCAGACAUAACAAGGUCUGAGGAGGUAAGAGGGCAGAGGAAAAAAGCAUUUUUUAGGCUUUUAUCCAAUAAAACACAUCUGAUCUGGCAGCACAAUGUCUGGAGUACAGUCAGGUGGUCUGUAAACAAGGCUCUCAGGCAGUAAUGAAGUUAAUCAUCCAUUCAGUCAGUCAUUAGUUAGGAGUCUGUGGCGUCCUUUGGUCCUUGAUUCAAAUUCCACCAACACUUUAUGGAUUUGACAACCAGCUCUAUUAAUAGCUCUGAUAAAUCAGCCACGCGUAUGGCCUCUUUGUUUUGUCUUCACGUACACACACUGAUCUGUUUUCUUGCCCUCUCACACAAUACAUGCUGACCUACAGCUCUAUUUAUUGUUACUUUCUUCCAUUCAGUUUCACUUUCACAGACAACCCACCAUAUCCUUGUCCCUAUUAAUUAUCACAGUGAUAUUUGAAAUUAGAUCCCAACAGAACAAACAAAUCCGUUUACUAAGCUGAGGUGUUUAAAUCACAGAUAAAAAGCAUCUGCAGUUGCUAUCACGGUGCUUCUUAUGAAGCAAGUGCUUGAACAGAAAGUGAUUUCCACAGGACUGACUGUGUAUUAUCAACACAUCAUAAAAAGCUGCCAGCUCUUGAUAAAUCAAAUCACUCACUCUCUCCCUUUACUUUGCAUCUCGCUCUUAGAAUGGCUAAAAAUGAAAAACAGCACUAACAUCAAAAAUCAAAGGGACUCUCGAGUUAUUUUGCAUGGCUGAUCUCCCUGUGACAAACUGCUCAAUCAUCCUUUUUACGACCACGUCUUGAUAAAUGCAUCAUUGCUUUUGUAGAGCCACUCAUAGGCCCUUUGCAUUUCUUGGUAUCAUCAUAUGUGCUGUUUACUGACACGAGCUCCAAACUAAUACUGUGGAUAUAUUCACUGGAAAGAAGAUUUUGACUUGAGGAGUACUUGAACCAUCUGUUAGUCACCUGUUCAUCUGUCAAGAGGAGGCGAGAUGUCGAGGCCUCCUUCCUCCCAGACCACCCCUCAGUUCUACAGGGUCAGCGACAAAGAUCUCACAGAGAUCGAACUCCACUCUGUGGACUCCAUCAACGACCUGCACCGAACACACCACGAACACAGCCAGAAAGGGACAAGGCCUCCCCGACCUGCUUACACACCCUCCCCGAAUGGGAAUCUCACAUGUGACGUGACAGCUGCCAAUCAAAGAGGUCGUCCAGUCAGCAGGAAAUGGCAGAGCCGCCUGCAGGAUAUGUUGACCCCCAGUUCAUCACGCGCCUAUGCCAUGGGCUGUGCUAUUAUCACUUUGCUUCUGCUAACAGUCUUACUCAUCUUCUACUUCUUGGUCCAACAGGGCGGCACAGUCAGGAUGCUGACUGAGGCACUGAGGGAGAAAGAGGCCGCAGCCACAGAGCUGUCACUGCUGAUCCAAGAACUGCAGGCUCUGAGACACAACCUGACAGCCAUGAGAGGAGGGACAUGA